AAACAAACGACACACGUGUUUUGUUUAUUAUUGUACCUUUUGUCGCCUUUAGGAUCAGUAUUGUACAAAGCUAAGGACUUUCCUUGAAAAACAUUUGGCUGUUUAUUUGGUUUGGUGAAAUAUGGCAUCAAAAGAAGGCUGGUUGGAGGAGGAGGACGUUGACGAUGAUGAUGAUGUGUGUUUGGGAGAUGAUGAUGCAUGGGAGGAAGAAGAUGUGCCAGCUCAGCCAGCACGCUGUCUAUUUUGCAGAGAGGAAAAGCCGUCAGCAGAAGAAAUAUUUUCACAUUGUGUCUUACAUCACAGUUUUGAUAUUCACCAGAUGUCACAUGACUGGAGUCUGGACUGCUUUGGAUAUAUCAAGAUGAUCAACUACAUCAGAGCCAAGAACCCAACUCCAGCUAGCCUGAAGAGGACCAGCCCCACAACAGAACCACCCUGGGCAGCUGACAUGUACAUGCAACCUGUUGACCCAGAGGACACACUCCUCCAGUUUGAUAUUGAAGAUCUAGAUGAAUCUUCAUUUCCGGCACCUCCUGUCGCCAUGGCAACCAAAACAACUGGUGUUUCCCAUCCAACACACACAAUGAAUGGAGGUGAUGUUCCCCUGGUUGCCAUGGAAACCAGUGACCUAGUCUCCUUGACAACGAACCAGUAUGAGGCUCUACUUCAAAGGUUAAAAAGUGCAGAAGAAAGGUCUAAACAGAGUGAAGAGAAUCUUCAAAGAGCUUUAGAGGAUAUGGAUAGUAUUAGAGAAAAGACACGCGAGUUGGUGCUGUCACAGCCUAGCGAGGAAUGUCCGUCUGCUAGCAGAAUAUCAGACGGCCAGACUGACAUAGAGGACGAUGAUGAUCCGUAUUUCAGCUCAUACGGACAUUUCAGUAUUCAUGAAGAAAUGUUAAAGGACAGGGUUAGAACGGAGAGUUACCGGGACUGUAUGUACAAGAACAAGGACGUGUUUCGAGACAAAAUUGUACUAGACGUGGGGUGUGGAACGGGGAUUCUGUCCAUGUUCGCUGCCCAGGCGGGCGCCCAACAUGUGUAUGCUGUUGACAUGGCGGAAAUAAUAUACCAGGCCAUGGACAUAGCAAGAGAGAACAACUUAGAAGACAAAAUAACUUUUAUUAGAGGGAAACUUGAAGACAUCACAUUACCUGUUGGAAAGGUUGACAUUAUAAUAUCAGAAUGGAUGGGAUACUUCCUGUUGUUUGAAUCGAUGCUAGACUCGGUGCUGUAUGCUAGAAACAAGUACCUGAAACCUGGAGGUGUAGUCUAUCCAGACCGAUGUAACAUCAGUGUGGCUGCCAUAAGUGACCUUGACCUCCACAACAAGCAUGUGACCUACUGGGAUGAUGUUUAUGGGUUUAAGAUGAAUUGUAUGAAAACAUGCGUGGUACGGGAGGCCAGCGUGGAUGUCAUAAAUAAGGACAAGCUUGCAACAACUGCUUGCAUUGUCAAGGAGCUGGAUGUUUGUACAUGUAGUGUGGGCGACCUUCAGUUUACAGCACCAUUUAACAUCUCUGUUACCAAGGAAACCAGCAUCUCAGCUUUCAUUGGCUAUUUUGAUAUAUUCUUUCAUCAGAACUGUACAGAAAAGGUAGAAUUUUCUACUGGGCCAGGCGCAACCCCAACUCACUGGAAACAGAGUGUGUUCUUGCUGGAUACACCCAUGCAAUGUCAUACAGGGGAUGAAAUCAAGGGCACCCUUUCAUGCAGAAAGAACAGACGAGACCCUCGGUCCCUGAUCAUUACCUUCUCAUUCAAUGGGAAAACGCUUACUUAUUACAUGGAGUGAAACUGUCCAAUUGAUGGACGCUUACUUAUUACAUGGAGUGGUAUUGUCCAAUGGGAGGAAGUUUACUUAUUACAUGGAGUGAUGCUGACCAAUAGGAAGAUGCAUACUUAUUAUUUGAAGUAUUACUAACCAAUGGAAGGGCACUUGUUAUAGUGAGUGAUUCUGACCAAUGGGAGGAUGCUUACUUAUUACUUGAUGUGAUACCAACCAAUGGGAGGACACUUACUUGCUAUACGGAGUGAUGCUGACCAAUGGGAAGAUGCAUACCUAUUAUAUGAAGUGAUACCAACCAAUGGGAAGAUGCAUACUUAUUAUAUGAAGUGAUACCAACCAAUGGGAGGACACUUACUUGCUAUAUGGAGAGAUGCUGACCAAUGGGAAGAUGCAUACUUAUUAUUUGAAGUGAUACCAACCAAUGGGAGGACACUUGCUGUAUGGAGUUAUGUCGACCAAUGAGAAAUGCAUACUUGUUAUAUGGAGUGAUACAUGUAUCUACCAAUGGGGGGAUGUUUACUUAUAACAUUGGUGAAACUAACCAGUUAGAGAUAUUUUAUAAUAACUUUAGUGAAACCGAACAAUUGGAGGGUAUUUACGUAAUACAUGGAGUGAUACCGAUUUUAUGACAAUUGGAUGCUUGUUUUAGCUUAUUAAGUGUUGUUAAAGCUUUAUGAAACAAUGAAAUUUUAUAUACAA